UGUUUCCCGGGCUGACAGUAGUACAUCUUGGCGACCAGGAAAUAAAGUUGUGGCGACUGAGGAUUUAUCGAAGAAUAGUUCAAAGGAAAAAAAUUUGUCCGAAUUUGAUGAAGCAUCUCGAAAUUUAUCUAAUGUUGAUCAGUUCUUUGGUCCUGGUGUAAUUGACCUCAAUUCCUCUGCUUUCGAUAAAUUUCUCUCGCAACACAACCUUGCUAUGGCUGAGGACAAUGUACAAAAAGUUAGCUCAAAAAUUGCUGAGAUUACUCCCCGUGAACAGGGUACAUCACGUUUUGCCAGGCUUUUCAACAACAAUAAUGAUGAUGACAGAGUCCCUCAACAAAACGAUCAUAAUGGGAGACAUUCAGGAAUCCCAAUGUCAACGCAAAAUCAAGUUCAAAAUACAUCGAACGAGGUAAAGCCUGUACCGAUCAGUCUUGAUACAUUGUUCCAAAGUCAAGCGACUGCACCUCUCUCCCCCCGAAUAACUUCGAAUGAUGGCGCACGAUUGCUAUCGGGAAUGUUAACGGAAGAUGAGGUUUUACAAACUCUUGGCGCAAAACCUGCUCAUAAGAAUGAGGAUAAAGAACGGAAUUAUGAAGACGAGGCUGCCAUGAACAAAAUAUAUGCGGCCUUAAAAAAAGGACCCUCGACGGAAAUGCUAAGGCAAACUCUACCAAAUGUUCCAUCAUCGUUGAAUCAACCUCAAGCCCAACAACAUUCUACAAUAGUACAACCCGGAUUACCCUUUAACGAUCCUUCUAUUGUCAGUACACAGAAAUCAAACCCGAUGGCAAAGUCAGGUCAGCACCCACCUAAAGUUGAUAUGUCAAAUAAACACUUAGGUUUUUCAGAGUUGCAUCCGUCUGAUUCCGUCAAAAAGAUUAAUAUGCUCUUUGGAGGAAACAUACCGACUUCUGUAUAUCGACAGCUGAGUUCCAGGUCAGAUAAUGGUUCCAGAGAAUCAUCAGCCGCAUCUUCACCGGCAUUGAAAUUCAAUGCCAAACCUAAUAUUUCCAACUUUCCGCACUCACCACAAUCAUCGGCACAUGUUCAUGACAUUCAUGCGCCAAUUUUUAAAUCCCCUUCCCCUCGUUCACCCGUCCUUCCUCAUCAACAAAGUCAUAACCAUUCUCCUUAUCAUAACGUGGCUCCUACGUACUCUAACGGACCAAAUAAUCCCCAACAUUCAAAUAAUCGACAAGAAUAUCCACAACCUGUAGGAAGGAAUAUACCAGUAGAACAAUUGUUCGGAAUGUUGCCACCGCGUAACGUUUCUCAACAAAUUCAUCCUCAAUUCCAACCACCUCCAAUUCCCGUCUCUAUGCCCCCCUUACCGUAUGGUAUUCAACAUCAACCUGAACGUUAUCCUCAACAACUUCAAUUUACUGGCGCCCCAAUACCACAUCUUUCAGUACAUCAUCACCCUGGAAUGUUACCUCCCGGCACUGAAGCCCUAUUUGCAAAUAUGCACGGGUAUGCACAAUUUAUUCCGAACCUCGUUAACAAUGCAAUGGCACCAAAUAAUAUAUCAGGAAUCCCAAACAAUUCCAAUCUUCAACAACGCGGAAUGAUGACUCUGGAGGAAAUUGAGAGACGAAGCUUAGGCGGCC